AUGCGCUUCAAACUGUUUUUGGUUUGUGCGCUGGCCUGCGGCUUUAUGGCCUAUGUCCUGGCCAACGAGAAUAUAUCGACGGAGGAGUUCGAGGAUCAGAUAAUAAAUGCAGUUCCCGAGCCGGUGAAGGCGGAUAAACCCAAAAAUCAGGCGGAAUUCGUGGAGGUUCCGAAGGCCACACCCGUGGUCAAAAAAGUGGAGGAGGAGGAGAAACCGAAAACCAAACCUCUGGCACUCCAAAAGCCCACUCUGAUUCCCGUGGUCCAUGUGACCAGUCGGGGAACCGAUGAUGUCCUGACCGUCGCCGGAUUGAAGCCCCAGAAAAUGUUCGGAGCCCUCGUAAUGCCAAAUGACUACUUGGGCGAGCUGUACGACGUGGACAACAGCGGCUACAAUUGGGAUCCCAAUAACAACGUGGCCCCUUCGAGCCCCUCGACGGCAGCCGGAGGCUAUACCAUUACGUCCGCCAGGUUGGCCGAGCUCAGGAGCACCUUCAUGUACUGGUACUUCGACAAGGACAUGUACGGAGGACGCGGCGACUACCAGUUCGACAUCCAUGCCUCCAUGACGCAGCUCCACAAGAAUCUUAACUUCCAGCUGCCGUUCUACGGAUUCCGUUUCAACUACACUAGGCUCUCCCUAAACGGCUACUUGGAGUUCUCCGAUCCACCAGAGUACCUCACCUAUCCCCUGGUUUUCCCCAUCAAGGACUGGCCCAAGAGGGAUCCCUCCUUCAUGGGCAUCUUUUUCAGCAAGUGCCGAGUGGGUCGUAUUUAUCCAUCGGAUAUUGACCAGCGGACGCCCGGCGUUUACUUCCGAGUGGAACGUGAUCUCAUGGGUCGUACGGACCGGUUCGGAGUGGAGGUACGGGAACGCACCAUGUGGGACAUUCGUCAGGGAGUCGUGGGCGCCGACACCUUCGUUCCCAAGCACGUGGUGAUCGCCACCUGGAAGAACGUCUCGUUCGCCGGUGGAAUCGACAACUCCCUCUACACGACCAACACCUUCCAAAUGGUCCUUGCUACCGAUGAGGUCUACACCUAUAUCAUCUUCAACUACGCUGUUUUGAACUGGCUUUCGCACACAGAGGCUGGAGGCGAUACGACAAAGGGCGAGGGCGGAGUUCCUGCAUAUGUCGGUUUCAACGCCGGCAACGGCACCCAGGCCUACGAGUACAAGCCCUACAGCCAGAACAUGGUGAUUCGGGACCUGGCCAACAGAGGAUGGGCCAAUGGGUUCCCUGGUCGUCACAUUUUCCGCGUGGACGAGCAGAUUCUAAUUGGCUCCUGCAACAAGGAUAUCGAUGCUGCCCUGCUGCCUUUGACCUUCGCCCCCGAAUCUGGCAACAUGCUGGGUGGUCAAGUCGUCAACAUUACUGGCCCCUGUUUUGACCCCAGUAUCAGAGUUACCUGCCACUUCGAUACGGAAUCCGUGCUGGGAACCUAUGUGGACAGGAACCGAGUGAUCUGCGUGCAGCCUUAUCUAAAGGCCGAGGGAUACAUUCGCUUCCAGAUCUCCGUGGGCACGCAGAGAUUCAAGUGGCGCGGAAAGUACUUCGUGGAGACCCCGGCUGCAGCCACCGAGAAGAUCUUCUUCGCCAACGACGAUGUGCACAAGAAGAAUCCCAGCGAGAUCCGCAUCACCUGGAACCAGUACAAUUUGACCUCGAAUGCCAAUGCCAACGUGAUGAUCUCGCUGUGGGGCUACCGCGAGACCAAGAUCGAGCCCCAACUGGAGUACAUCGAUGUUAUCGAAGCCGCGUACUCGAAUUCCGGCAGCUACGUGAUCACGCCCUCGAAUUACCUCAACCGAAACAAUAUUAACCGGGACAUGCAGUUCGGCUUCCUCCAGAUCAACCUCACCCAGCCCGAUCAGUACUCAGGAUUGGCCAUCAGUCCGGUCCUGUGGUCCCGACCGAUUCCAUUGGCCUGGUAUAUGGCGCCCCAGUGGGAGCGACAGCACGGAAAACGCUGGGCGAGAGCUCUCUGCGAUAAUUGGAUUCGCGCCGACCGAUUCCUCAGGAACUUUGCCGCCGACCUUCCACUGUGCCCCUGCACCUUGGACCAGGCUGUCCUGGACAAGGGACGCUUCCGUCCGGAUCGGGAGUGCGACAAGGACUCGAACCCCAGCUGCCUGAGGCAUCGCGGAGCCAUCCACUGUGUGGUCAGCGGAACGCCUGUUGCCCAAGGAGCUGAGCAGCAGUGCUGCUACGACCGCUACGGCUUCCUGAUGCUGACCUACGACCAGAUGUGGGGCUCCCGACCCCGCCGCGUCCACAACCUGGGCAAGAUGCCCUGGAACGAGGCCAGCAAGGUGCCCUCGCUGUCCAUGUGGUUCCACGACAUGCGUCCCUUCUACUCCUGCUGCUUCUGGCAGGAGGAGCAGGCGGUGGGCUGUGAGACGUACCGCUUCGAGCGACGUCCUUCGCAGGACUGCGUGGCCUACCAGGCGCCGGGAAUCGCCGGCGUCUUCGGAGAUCCCCACUUUGUGACCUUCGACGGCACGGCCUACACCUUCAACGGCCUGGGCGAGUUCGUCCUGGCACGCAGCGUGGACGAGAGCAAUAAGUUCGAGGUACAAGGACGAUUCGAGCAGCUGCCAAAUAACUACUAUGGCGAGGUGAAGGCCACUCACUUGACGGCGGUGGCGAUGAGGGGAAAUACCACCACCACGAUUGAGGUCCGCCUGCGUCCUCUGCAUGCCAGGUGGCGCUAUCGCCUGGAUGUCCUCGCCGAUGGCCGCAGGGUGUACUUCGAUCGGGAGAGUCUGAAGUUCCAGCACUUCGAUGGUGUAACCGUGUAUACUCCGACCUAUCUGCUCAAUCAGUCCCAGGUGGUGGUGCAGUUCGAUGCGGGAAUCGGAGUUGAGGUCGUGGAGAACGAGGGCUACAUGACGGGUCGCGUCUUCCUGCCCUGGAAGUUUAUAAACAAAACAGCUGGUCUUUUUGGCAAUUGGAGCUUCAAUAAAUUAGACGACUUUAUGCUGCCCAAUGGACAGGUGGCUGCUCUAAAUCUGAAUGAUCUGCGUAGUAUCCACACCAACUUUGGCAUUAAAUGGAUGCUCACGGACCGCGAGGUUCCCGGAGUGGGAGCUGCUCUAUUUACCAGGGAAUUCGGAAGGAUGUCCAGUUACUAUGCGAAUGCCACCUUCCAGCCAAAUUAUGUCCUGGAUCCUGCGGACUUCCUGCCCACCAAUCGUACUUACGAUCUGGAGAGAGCUGAAGAACUCUGUGGAGAGUGCAUGCAGUGUCAAUAUGAUUAUGCAAUGACCUUAAAUCGAGAUUUGGCGCACUAUACCAAGAACUACUACGACACCAUAGUCAAUAUGCAGGCUGAGAAUGCAGUUCGCGUGGUAUCCUGUGGUGUUUUGCAGACCCCUCGAUUCGGUCGAAAGCUGAGCUUUGAUUUCAUGCCUGGUGCCAAGGUGUCCUUUGAGUGUAAUGAGGGCUUUAUCCUGGUCGGAGAUCAACGUCGUGAAUGUUUGUCCAACGGGCUGUGGAAUGUUCCUGAAUACGGAUACACCGAGUGUCUACGUGAGGUGUACUACACGCGUCGCGUCGCUUUCAUUGCAAUUGGCAUUAUCUUCCUGGUGAUCUGCCCACUGAUGCUGUGCAUCGUGUGUGGCGUGUAUCGCUAUCGCCAGAAGCAGCUAAAGGAGGAUCCCCAGUGGCAGAUGCCCAUGCUGCCCCGCUCGAGGGCUAGUUCCGCUCGUAAUCUGAGAACGCUCAACUACGACGAUGACAGCGAUACGGAUGCCAGCACAUUGAAGAAAAGUAGGUCCUACGACAAAGUAUAUCGCACGAACGAACCAUUACCGGGCAAACCGCAAAUUGAUUUUCCAGCUAAGAAAUGGGAUCUGGAUGAGAACGACGAGGAUGUGACCUCAUCCGAAGGUGAGAAGCCGAAGCAGCUGGGUCGCCGAUCCCUGCACUCCGCCUCCGGAACGGAUUUGGAUCAGCACGGCUCGCCGGUGGACGAGGAUCAUCAUCCCGACGAGGACGAUGACUUCGAUGAGGCGGAUGUCCACACGGGCACCACCCAUCCGGCUGGAUAUCACCAGCCCCUGUCGCCGGAGGAGGCGGACCAGCUGCACCGCCAGCAGUACAGUCCCACGUUCAGCGGCCUGGACAGCCGCACCAGUGGUGCCAGCUCCAUAAACUACACGCCCCAGGCGGCGUCACAGAACCGCUUCGGAGGAGUGCCAGUGCUGCCCAGCAAUACCCAGUACUACAGCAGACCCCCGUCGAGUGUGAACGCCGUGCCCCUGCGCACAGCACCUACGCCCCUGACGCAGGACACCGGCCUGCCAUCACCCCCAUUGGCCACCUCGCCCACUCCCUCGGUGCAAAAGUCCACGGAGGUCUGAGGAUCCGAACUCAUCCCGGUCCCCACUAGCUGCAAAGUUCAAAUAGGAGCCACCCACAAAUAACAACUAAUUUUAAGUACCUGUUAUUGCCGCUAACUUUGAACACCCACCUGCCCAUGAUGUUUUCCAUUUCUAUUGUUGUACUGCUGUUUUUCCCGAGGCCAUGACCACAUAAAGAAUAACACCUAACAUGUAACAAUUAUUUAAUAGUCCCAAUCCGAAACCGAAUCCUUGUACAUUAAGCAUAAUUCUAACGGCAAUUCAUUUGUAUUUACGUCGGCCCAGGUAAACAAUCAUCAUUUUAUACAUUGAAUAAAACCAAAAACACUUGUUUAUAGUAGUUUACUUGUAAA